UUGCAAUGAAUAAGAAAGUAUUUUGUAACCGUCCCAUGGUUGUCGAUUUAGCUUUGGAAAGGCAAAAAUAUUCCCCCAAUGAAAGCUGGAGCAUCCAAUUUCAGAAACGCGGAAGUUUUCAGCCUCUAACUGUACUUGUAAUUGGAUUUAAUACAUCCCUUACCGAAGAGAAGAUAAUAGCUAGCCUGCACAAUCAUUUCAACUUUUGUGGAGAGAUUACAAGGAUCUCCUUACCAAGAUAUCAUGAUUCUGGGGCUAUUAAGGGGUAUGCUCAUUUGGAUUUCAAGGAUAUUCAUGGUUAUAAGAAGGCACUAAAACUUCAUCAAACAACGAUAGGAGGUUAUUGGGUGUCUGUUGAAACAGCAAAGCCAUAGAAUAGAGGUGAUAAUCAGGAUAUGCUUGC